AGGGGGGCGGCCGCCAUCCCGCGGCCCGGCCCCUUCGGGCGCCGCCGCGGCUCGGUCGCCAUGAGCGGGGCGCUGGGCCCGUGGGUGCGGGCGGCGCGGCCGGGCUGGCUGUGGGGGGCGGCGGCGGCGCUGGCGGCGCUGGGCGCGCUGCUGGGGGCCUGGCGGUGGAGGCGGGCGGCGGGGAGCCGGAGCCGGAGCCGCCGCCGCCUGCAGCGAGUGGGGACCGUGCUGAGCCUCUUCGUGUACCCGGUGAAGUCGUGCCGGGGGGUGGCGGUGCGGCGGGCGCAGGUGACGCCGAUGGGGCUGCAGAGCGGGGAGCUGCGGGACAGGUUUUGGAUGGUGACUAAGGAAGACGGGCACAUGGUUACAGCUCGCCAGGAGCCGCGGCUGGUCCUCGUUUCUGUCAGCUGUGAAAACGGGCACCUGACCUUGGAGGCCCCAGAAAUGAAGAAGCUGUGUUUGCCUAUAAAGGUCCCCAGGAAAAACACCGUGCGGAACUGCAGGUUGUUUGGACUGGACAUCCAAGGCAGGGACUGUGGAGAUGAAGUGGCUCAGUGGAUCACCACUUUCCUGAAUUCAGAGCCAUAUCGACUGGUGCACUUUGAGCCCUCCAUGGUGCCAAGAAAGUCAAAGGAUGUAAUAAACCUUUUCCGAACCACAGAUGAGGUUGCCUAUCCUGACUGUAGCCCAGUCUUGAUCAUCUCAGAAGCUUCACUGGAAGAUCUAAAUACCAAGCUGGAGAAGAAAGUUAAAAUAGAGAACUUCAGGCCAAAUAUUCUUGUGGCAGACUGCAGUGCUUUUGAGGAGGAUACCUGGGAGGACAUUCUUAUUGGUGAUGUGGAGAUGAAGGGGACAGUGUGUUGUGCCAGGUGUAUUUUAACAACUGUUAACCCAGACACUGGGGUGCUGGACAGGAAGGAGCCCCUGGAAACACUGAAAAGUUACCGCUUAUGUGAUCCGUCUGAGCGACACAUAUACAAAUCCAGCCCUCUCUUCGGAAGAUACUUUGCUGUUGACAAAACUGGAAUGAUUCAAGUUGGAGACCCUGUUUACAAGAUGGUCCAGUAAUGAGAGGGACUUUGAUCAGAAGAUACCUUUUCACUUGGAUAUGAAAAUUGUUUUCCCAUGAACACAGUCACCAGCAUAACUAUUUCUUACUGUUUGCAGUAUUUUUUGUGCCAUGUUCCUUUGUAAGGUGCAGAGGGUUCUUUGAGGCUAUGAAGUACCAGUCAUUUCAGGUAGUGUAAUCUACUAGCGUGCCUGUAGCAACCAGGUCUUUAGUUUUUCUGGAGGUUGUGAUAGAAGAAACUCUGAUCCAAGACACACUUCACAGUACUACUGUGAGUAUCACACCUCCUAAAAUUUUAUUUCAAGCUCAAUAUUGGAAUCCAAAAUUAUGUACAAGGGCUAUGCAUCAUGUAUUAGAUGUGUUCAGUAUCUAUGAAGAACCACAAAAAACAGUCAUGCCAAGAGUAAAGUAAAUGUGUUGCCCACGGAGCUGCCUUUAAAAGUGGACAUGGAGUGCAGAUGGCAAGGCUCUGUCUUAGAUUCCACCCUUCUUUGGUCCUAAUCAUCUUACACUAUCUAUGUCUAGAGGUACAUUUUUGGAACGUUUCUUAUCCUGCAAUUGUUUCCUGAAGACUACUACUGUUUUUUGAGAUUGGAGCAGUAUCAGAAGGAGAAGGAUUGUGAGCUGACUAAAUGCUAGUCUAGGAGUGGAAACACUGGCUAAUGAUGUGUAAGACUCUGGGUUUGUUUAGUUUAUGACCUCUGCUUGAUAGAGUUUGAACCAUUAGAUUUUUUUCUCCUGUGAAGCAUACCAUAACCCUGAGGCUGUAGAGUAGUGAUGCAUUUGUUAACAUAUCAGUAGAGCUUCCGGUCUGACUAAAAGAAUGAGCUGUUUGCUGGAUCAGAGGCUUUAUGCAUGUUGGAGGGGAAGAAGAGCUGUUGGGAGUGAUCUGAUUCUGAGCCUGCCCCGUUCAGGCUGAUGUCCAGGCCAAUAUUGCAGGGCCCCGUGUUGAUGCGUAGUUCCUCUCUGGCUCAGUGAAUCUCUUUGUACAGUAAGUUAGGCUGCUGAGCAGAUGUUUGAGAAGCCGCAGUUUUAUACUGAGCAUAUUAACAUCCCUACUGGUGAUGCAUUUAGAUGUCUGGUUGCCCCCUGCCCCUAUUCUAACCAAAACGUCAGCCAUUUGUAGGAGGCUGAUAAUUAUAUUUUCUGCUAUAUUUUAUACUGCAUAAAACAGAUAGGGGAGGAAAUCAGUUGCAUUAUGGCAGUAGUAUCUUUUCUUUAAAUGUUAAAUAAUUAUUUUUAAUGAAAAAAAAGUGGACUUCAAGCCAAAAGCCAGACAUCUUUCAAAUGCUUGUCUGCUUGUUGCUUUGUUAUGGAUCUAGAAAGAGUGUUGAACUAGCCAAAAAGAGGAAUCUAAUUAGGUGUGAAGAAGAACAAAUAUGACCCAAUUUGGUGGUUAGAUUCUUUGUUUUGUAUUGUGAAUAUGAAACGGGAAUUUUGCUGCUUGUUCACAACUCAGACCUGGAAAACAAAGAGCCCUGUCGUGCCUUUGAGCAAAUUCAGAUGGAUGUAUGUGGCAAGCCUGAAGCAGGCUUAUGGGGAAGGUGGUUUUCUAUUAUUUGUGAACUCAGAAUUGCUCCGAGUAUCCUUUCAUUAGCAGAGUGCUCUUUAAGUAUUAAGUUUUCCUGUGACAGACGGGUGCCCAGUUUGGUUUUCACAUUGCAUGUUUGUGUAUUGUUAUGCCUGAUGCAGCAACUAGUAGGAGGAAAUGAAAGAAAAAGCAUCUUUUGAAAAGGAAAACAAUCCUGAGGUUCACUUUCUAAAAGUGUAUGUUGAAGAUCCUUAAUAUUAGAAGCUUAAACUUUGUGGAAUUCCUAAUGGUAUUAUUAAGCAAAGGCAGCCUGCUGGCCUGCCAAAGCAAUUAGUUAAGUGUGUGUCUCUUAAGUCAAAGAAGCGGAAGGAAAGAGAGCUGAAUUUUUGCCUCCAGCCAAACAUAUUUUUUCAUUGUUCUUUUAGCACCACAUUAGGAUUUACAUAACACCAAUUGUGUGGUAUAGAUCAUAUUGCCUCUUGUUAGGCUAUCGUUGAUUGAGCUAAUUUGGAAAUGGGGCUGUGUUUCCAAUGAGAAGCUGCAUCUGCAUUCCUGUUAAGAAAAUGCCAUAGAUCUAAAACCCUGAUUUAUCCCUGUAAAAGGCCCUUAGAAGACUCUGGCUGGAAUCCUAAAGCAGGUAUGUGUCUGAGUACAACACAUUUCACAGAUGACACUUAAAUGAAUUUUGUCAUGAAAGAGGGCCAUUCUGGGAAGUAGAGAAUGUAAUUUAGGAACAUUACCAUACAGAUAUCUUCAUAUAAAUGUUGAACUGCUGUAACUGUAGAAAUUGUAUUUGCUUUUGCUAAAGCUGUUUAAGAAAUUGGUUGAGAACAUGUCAAUCAUAAAACACUAUUUUUUAAAUUGUGUACUUAAAAAUGUUAAUUGCUUUUUUAACUCUAGAGGAAGAAAACAAAAAUACAAACGUCUGUUGAAUCCGAACUCUUGUAAGGUAUAAAAUUUGUGAAUCUGCUUUUUUCUUUUUCUGCUUCAGCAUUCAACUUCUGCAGCUAUUUCCAGGACCUCACAUAUAAUUAACAGUGACGGGGUUUUUUUGUUUUUUUGGUUUUUUUUGGUUUUUUUCAAUCUUACCUCUAAGUUCAGGAGAAUAUGAGGUGAACCAGAGGAAGCUAUAUGUGUAAGAGAGCAGAACUAUCAUGUAAGUGUGGUCUUCAGACUCAAUUUUACAACUUUUAUCAUCUAGAUGAUGAAAAAGAUGUUUACAGACUAUCUUCUCUUUUCCACAGACAUAGGAAAAUAGGGCAAAAUGCAUUUCAAAGUAGGAAAGUUUAGAGCCUGUAAGUCAAUACAAGGUCAUGUUUCCUAGUUCAGGUCUCUAAGUAUAAACUCAAAACUUUUUUUACAGCACUUACUGCACCAGCAUAAUUCUUGCGGAAGACUGUGAGAGAAGGACAGUCCUUACAGGCAGAAAUUUCCUAGUUGCUUAAGAUUUGAGGUGGGUCCAUCUUCAGCCAAGCCUUCUUCAGCUGUCAGAGAGGCAGCAUUCAUACCUCUUAAAGGUUCCUAUUUUUACAUAUUCUACAUAGCCGCUGGGUUAAUGUUGACAAUCUCUACGUAGAAUGUCACUGUUACUAGUAAUUAUUUUUACAUUUUACCUGGAGAAAUUGGUGAAAUCAAUAAGGAUUUCAGACACUGGGCCUCUUCUGAAACAAAUCUGCUUACUCGACAUGAUAAUAUUUGGAUUCUGGAGCCGGAAUCUUCAGUUGUAUUGACUUUCCUGGUGUUGGACAAGGGUUUUCACUUGUAGAUGUGCUUCUGAUUUUCUUCACUUUUAUUUAUUAGUGUUACUAUUCAUGUAUCUUGAAACAGUACCAUGCCAGCCUGCUAGCAGGGCUGCUUCCUGGACAGUGCGUGAAGAUGCACACAGUGGAGAGGGGAGUACUGGAUGCUGCAGUGUGACAGCUUUGUGUUGUGCGGGAGCACAUGCUACUGGUCAGUGCUGGUGAAGCAGGGGUUAACACCGUUUGGCUCCCCAGCUGGUAAAUGCCUGUUCGAUGCUAUAAUGAGGGUGUGGACAGUCAAGCCUAGCAGUGAAGCUGGGACUGAACUUGUGGUGAAGGUGGAUGUCAGCUGCCACAGCUGAGGCUGGCAUGAAGCUGUGGAGCAAAGAGAUCUGAGGAGGUGCCCAUCUACAGCGAAGGGAAGGAUGGUGUCGGUGUGGCAAGUGGCAGUUUGCUUGACCAGGCAGAUCAGGGAACAGGAAUGGUUGGAAGGGAGAAGGAGGUGAGCGAGGCUUAUGUGUCUAGAGGGUGUCAAGGCUGGAGCUGCAAGAGAUGGGACUGUGAAUCAAGGCAGGGAACUGGGUGGUUACGCAUUCUCAGUGCGUUUUUGUGCAGAGAGAUUGAGAAUCAGCCUUAGUUGUGGGGUAGCGUCAACUUCCAAUAUUCCUCUUGUAGCUGCUUGUAGCCUGGCCUGGGGAAUGCCACGCUCCUCAGUGGGCAACAGUUCAUCACGUUGACUUCAGGAAAUCAAAACACAAGUAACUGUAACCCGAGUGAGCAGAGACUAUCCUCUACCUGUGCAGACCAUAGACAGAGAAGGCUGUUGGUAUGUUGUGAAGGGUUUGGGUGGGAACCUCUUUCAUUUCUCUGACUAUGUAGAGCUAAUGCAUCUUCCCUUUGCUCUUGGACCGUUAUACACUGGGCACCUAGCUGACUGAGAUUUUGCUUUCCUCUAGGAUCAGUGUUGUAGAGAAGAAUUGUAUCUCUUCUGGUGCACAAAAUUGCUCUGACAGCCUAUCACUGCGUGUUUACCAGCUGACUGUUCUCACUUUCUUGAGGGGCUAGAUAAUAAGCACAGUGAAACAAUUAUCAUGCUUCACUGAUGCACUAUCCCUUAUAGCCUCUUUGCUGUUGAACUCCAAAAACCAGCUGCAUUCACUGUUAAUUGAGGUUUGUCUUCCAGAGAUUACAAAGGAUGAUUCUUCAGUCACAGUAGGCACUGACUCAUGGACAGUUAUUUUCGACAGACCUACCUGUAUCACCUUGGCAAAAAUAAAAGGUGGUGGCUAAAUCUUUUAA